UGAAGAACUCAUCAAUGAAUUACGAAAAUGAAACUCUCUUCUCUUUCUUCGUUUCUUGGCUGAAUUUCAAUGGCGGCAAAAUCAUCAACGCCAACCUUCCGUCAUCCUCUUCCACUCCUCUCCGCUUCUCACCACUCUCCAUUCUCCGGCAAACUCAACUUUCCAUAUCGUAUUUCUCAAGGCUUUGAGUUGUAUAAACGAUGUAAGAUAAGUAGUAGUAGCAGUAGUAGUACUACUCGUGGUUCAGUUAGCUCCAUUAAUGGUGGAGUGAGUGCUUAUGGGUCUCCUUGGGAUGAGAAACCAUAUGAAAUUCUUCCAAAUGGGAAAAGGGUUUUCUUAGAUGAGCAAGACAUUGUGACUUUUCUUGAUCCUCCAAAGGAGUUAAUUCCUUUGGACCCUGCUUCAUAUAACCCAGCUGUCUAUAUGUGGAAAAAGAUUGAAGAUAUUCCUGAAGAAAGGCGUCAUCGAUUGCUGCACUUGCUAACCCCUCUUCACAUUUCAAGAGCAUGGCAGAUAGCUGGCACGCGAUAUGAGGAUCCCAAGUUAGCUAAGAGAAGUGAGUUCAACUUGUUCUCUGGUGAAGAUGGUGGAAUGUCACUUGAAUGUUAUCAUUGUCGAACAACCGGAGGACCAAUGCCCAUUGCUUGGAUAAAUUCCUUUAAGAAGGCAUUAUUUUCUUGUAAAGAUGGGAAUAUCUAUGGAAGAUUUAUUGGUGGAUCAGUUUUAGAACAACUUGCAAGUAACUGGAGUCCACUGUAUUUCGCAUUGAAGAAUUAUAAGGAAGUAAUGUCCACUGAGCAACCUUGUGAUUUUGCUUACGAAUUCGGGGAUGGGCAAUUUGAUAUCCAUGAUUACCCACAAGGCUUUCCUAGACCAGCUAAACAUCCCUAUCCUUUCAACGAUCAAGUUGUUGUAUACGUUCGUCACCUGGGACCAGGAGUGUCUAUCGGGCAAGCAUGGCAAGAAGGAAAAGCACUAGAACAAGUGCCCCGAAAGUUAUGUAGUGAGAUCUUGAUGGUUAGAGAUUAUUCCACUGCGUCGAGGAAAUGAACGGUGUCUUGUAUUCAUAAUUGAGAAAGAGUGAAACAUCUAUAUCGUUUCUUUGAUCAAAUACAGCUAGCGCGGUAAGAAGGAAACCACUUCAAGAACAAGUUGAAUCCAAAAUGAAGAGAAUUUCACUGCUUCUGUGUGAGGUAAUAUCUGAUUAUAAAUAUAUUUAUCUGUAGACAUAUUGAUAGAUCAAAAUUAGAUUUGCUGAAGAAGAUGUAAAUAAAUUUCUAGCUGUCUUGUGAAAAUUUUUGUAAUUGGCCCCCUGCAAAAAAUACUUUUUUCAUUUUGGCCCCACUCGAGUUAACUUCUUGCCUCCAAUUCAAAUAUGAACUUGUUUGAACUAA